AGAGAGAUGCUUGUUGGAUCUCGAAUCCUCCCUUUUUCUUCUCUUUUAUCCCUCGCCUCUCCCUCGCUCACCUCCUCCUCCUCUUCCUCGCAGGCAAAUUCCUUUCUGAUCUGAGAUCGAGGAGGGAGAGCGAGGAAGAGAGCGCAAAGGAGCUACAAUUUUUGCGGAAGGAAGCUGCUGCCUAGUUAGGUUUACUUGACUGCCUCUUGUUGCUGAUUCUUUCCAUCAGGUAAUUGUAGACUUAGCUGGAGUUCCACAUGUGAAUAUUGACGGCCGUAGAACCUAUUAUUUUGUCUGCUGAGUUGAUUUUUCUCAAGUUAAAUUAUAUGUGUAGCUCAAAUGCCCGCCUUUAGAAUAAAAAGCAAAUCAAACGCUGAAAGGUUGUAUGAUCUUCACACAAGUCGUAAAUCUGUUAAAAUAUCAAAAAGUUCAGAAAAGCAAUUCAAGGCGCUUCAACAAGGAGCACAACUGGAUACUUUUUCCCAAACCCAUCAUGAUGCUUCUAUCAAUGUUGAAGUAUCUAUAUGCAAGUCAACAACUGCUGAGCUUAAUGGAACCUCUAUUCAAUCACUGAAGCCCUCAUUUUUGUCUGAUCCUGGAUCAAUGACAAAACAGGAUUCUGGUCUACCUGAUGUAGAAGCAAUCUCACCAAACCUUGAGGAUGGUCUAUCCCAGAUGAAGUCACUAAAUCACAGUGGUCAAGACAAAUAUGAAUGCUCCAGAUUGCCUCAUCUUGUUGCAGAUGAAAGUGAAGACGGAAUCUUUGUCACUGAUGAAUAUCAAACCUGCAUUUUAUCAAAUUUCUAUGAUUCUGAUAGCCUUUAUACCUUACCCUUUGACAGUAGCAUUGGAGUUGUGGAUGUCUUAAAUUCCACUUUCCCUAUUUAUGAAUUUAUGAAUUCUGACAUAAUGAUUGACAUGGUGGGUGGAUGCAUGAUAGUGCCCUCCCCUUAUAGAACAGUUGAAACUGGUAGUAUUCAUGAAACGGAAUCAGUUCAAGAGAACAUGAACUUUGAUGAAGCAUGCUUGUAUUUAGCAACUCAUCCUGAAAAUGAACUUACUUGUGACUUUGGCAAUCUAGAAGAAAUAGAUUGCUGCAAUCAACAGUUACCUUUGAAAACUUUAACAUGUUUACCAGAGGCAGUUUCAUCCAUUUUAUUACCACCCGAAGCACAAAACAAGAGGCAAGUAACUCUUGUACUUGAUCUGGAUGAAACCUUGGUUCAUUCUACCAUGGAACACUGUGAUGAUGCAGAUUUCACCUUUCCCAUUUUCUUUGACAUGAAACAUCAUACAGUAUAUGUAAGACGAAGACCAUUCCUUCAAUUGUUUCUCGAAAGGGUGGCACAAAUGUUCAAAAUCAUCAUAUUCACUGCCAGCCAAAGUAUAUAUGCUGAAAAGCUACUGGACAUACUGGAUCCAGACAGGAACAUAAUAUCAAAGCGUGUUUACCGUGAAUCAUGUGUUUUCUCUGAUGGCAAUUAUACAAAGGAUCUAACCAUUUUGGGAAUUGACCUAGCCAAAGUUGCCAUAGUUGACAAUACUCCACAGGUGUUUCAUCUGCAAGUCAAUAAUGGGAUACCAAUCAAGAGUUGGUUUGGUGAUCCAUUCGAUGAAGCUCUAAUCCAAUUACUUCUCUUCCUCGAGACAUUGGUUGAUGUUGAUGACGUCCGUCCAAUCAUUGCCAAGCAAUUGAGCAAUAAGGAGUAGCAGCACUCUCUUUUAGGCCGAGCAAUUUUCGUGAUUACGAGUCAUCGAGUCUUGCAGAAAACCAUCCUUUGACAAGCCUCUACACAUGAUAUUUAUAUAAUUCAAUAGUUUUCUUAGAUUCUAUUGGCAUCUUGUUCCUUAGCUACUAUAGUUAAAGAGCUGACGAUUGUAUCUAUAUUCUUAAACUCUAGCCAACAACUUUUGAGAUGUAUAAUUAUUUUUCUAUUAUCUGUUAUUCGAGUGGGUGUACAGGAAUUUAGAUUGAAAUAGAAUGAUAUUGAGUUUGUGAGCAAGUUCUGCAA